UAGUCUUUGCGUGCUUUGUUGUGUGUCCACAACAAUGGCAUUACGCGUGCUUCUUGUGUUUGGGAUGUUGCUGCUAGUGUGCUUUUCUAAGGUUUCAUCUGAUCUGGAGAUAUCAAAGGAAGAAGAUGAAGAACUGCGUUUUCCUGAUGAGCCACUCAUUGUGAAAGACGGAAACAGAAGGCUAAUGCAAGCCAUAGAUUGCGGAGGAUUGUGCAAGGCGAGGUGCGGUGCUCAUUCUAGGCCCAAAUAUUGCAUUAGGGCAUGUGGGACAUGCUGUGUGAGGUGCAAGUGUGUUCCACCUGGUACCUCUGGCAAUAGGGAGGUCUGUGGGACUUGCUAUACCGAUAUGACAACCCAUGGCAACAAGACUAAGUGCCCUUAGACCCAAAUAAGACCAUAGUCCGUG